AGAGAGUUAUGUUCCAACACUACUUAGCCUCUUUGGUCUGAAGGGAGAAGAGAAGAAAAAAUAAAGAAAACAAAAAAAAUAAAAAGUCAAAACUUUCAAUGGAAGAUCCUACCGCAAGCAACGUGACUCCUCCGGCGAAUUCAUCUUCUCAGAUAAUAAUCCCAUCGCCGUCGUCGGUGAAAGUGUCACUCGAGUCACGAAUCAACCGUCUGAUCAAUGCCAACCAAUCACCGUCACCGUCACGGUCUAUAUACUCCGACAGAUUCAUACCAAGCAGAUCCGGAUCCAAUUUCGCGCUCUUCGAUCUCGCUUCUCCUUCUCCGAGCAAAGAAGACGGCGCAGGCUCGUACGCGACUCUGUUGCGCGCGGCGAUGUUCGGUCCCGAGACGCCGGAGAAACGGGACAUCACUGGCUUCUCAACGUCGAGGAAUAUCUUCCGGUUUAAGACCGAGACAAAUCGGUGUUUGAAUUCCUUUUCUCCUUUCGUGUCCGAUGAUGGUCCUGGUGUUAGUCAUGCUCCGAUCAAGGCCUUGAGGAAGGUGUCUCGAUCGCCCUAUAAGGUACUAGAUGCACCGGCUUUGCAAGAUGAUUUUUAUUUGAAUCUAGUGGACUGGUCUGCGCAAAAUGUUCUUGCGGUGGGACUAGGGAACUGCGUGUAUUUGUGGAACGCUUGUAGCAGCAAGGUAACUAAAUUAUGUGAUCUGGGAGCUGAUGAUAGUGUUUGCUCUGUUGGUUGGGCAUUUCGUGGAACUCAUCUUGCUGUCGGAACUAGUUCCGGGAAAGUACAGAUAUGGGAUGCGUCGCGUUGCAAGAGAACAAGAACAAUGGAAGGACAUAGACUAAGAGUUGGAGCACUGGCGUGGGGAUCAUCUGUACUGUCAUCUGGUAGUAGAGACAAGAGUAUUCUUCAGAGAGACAUACGUUGUCAAGAGGAUCAUGUCAGUAAACUUGCAGGUCACAAAUCAGAAGUAUGCGGACUCAAGUGGUCUUAUGACAACAGAGAGUUAGCUUCUGGUGGAAACGACAAUCGGCUUUUUGUAUGGAACCAACAUUCAACACAACCGGUUUUGAAAUAUAGCGAACACACAGCAGCGGUUAAAGCCAUAGCUUGGUCACCUCAUGUUCACGGGCUUCUUGCUUCCGGUGGUGGGACUGCUGAUAGAUGCAUACGUUUUUGGAAUACAACUACGAAUACUCAUUUAAGUUCCAUUGAUACUUGCAGUCAGGUAUGUAAUCUAGCAUGGUCUAAGAACGUAAACGAGCUGGUUAGCACGCACGGAUACUCCCAAAACCAAAUCAUAGUCUGGAAAUACCCAACCAUGUCCAAAAUUGCAACUCUGACAGGUCACACGUACCGUGUUCUGUACCUUGCGGUCUCACCUGAUGGACAGACUAUUGUAACCGGAGCAGGAGAUGAAACCUUAAGGUUCUGGAAUGUCUUUCCAUCCCCAAAAUCUCAGAACACGGAUAGUGAUAUUGGGUCGUCAUUCUUUGGUAGAACAACCAUUCGUUGAAAACAUCUUUCAAAACACAUACAGAGACACACAAAGACAGAUACAUGUUUCUUUCAUUACUUCAACAGCAGCAGCCUCUUGAGUUGGUCCUCUCAACCAACAAUUUUUCACACGGAGUCAAAACAAAUUAUUUUUAUCACACGGGAUGCAAAGAAGAUCUAACCCCUUUGAUACAAAAUACCAUCUGGGUUCGUCAAGAGAUGCACAACAAAAUUUUCUUAUAAGUGUAUAUCUUUUUCUUAUUCAUACAACAAGUUUUGUUGAACACAUUAAUUACCAUUUUAUAAUGAGGAGGUCCAUUAGUAAUAAUAAAAUGCAAUAAUUCGUUGCCCCA